AUGGAUCCCAGUAUUCUUGCAACCAUGGACCGUGACGCACUGAAAAAGCAGAUCGAAAACAUGAAGUACCAGGCCUCGAUGGAGCGGUGGCCAUUGUCGAAGAGUAUCGCAGCCAUGCGAGAAUAUGUGGAGGAGAACGAAAAGAACGAUCCACUGAUUCACGCACCGGACAAGAAGAAUAAUCCUUGGGCCGAGAAGGGCAAAUGUGUCAUCAUGUAAAUAGCGUCCUAUCUUCUACCGAUACUUCUACUACUACUACUACUACC